UUGAGCGAUGCUCAUUUCAUCAUUAUUAGCGUUCAUUUUUUCACCUCAAAUCAAAAGAGGCGGUAGAGAGAGAGAGAGAGAAACACAUAUAGAUAAUCAGAGAGAUAUUUUCACAAUUGUGUUUGUUGUGUAUCCACCACCACCACCACCACAUCACAUCACAUGCAGAAAUCGUCGAAUCUUCGGCGAUCUUGGGUGGACACACUUCACUUUUUCAUUUGAUUUAAUCAAUAUACCUAACUUUACCUUAUGAUAUUGUUCGAUAAACUGAGUUUCUCUUCUUACCUUAGCCGCUUCAUUGCCGGCAUCCUUCUAUUAAUCUUUUGCAAUUCAUUCCAAUUAGUCUCUAAUUUCCCAAUUCCUAUACACCGAUAUCCUUUCUGAUCUCUUCAACUCUCUCUCUCUCUAUAUAUAUAUAUAUAUAUAUCUCUAUUCAUUCAUUCAAAAUUCAAUUCAAUUCUCUCACAUUCAUCGUUCUCAUCAAGUCCCCAACUUUGACUUCCUCUUUGAUGGACCCUAAACUAUUUUUCUCCAACAAUUACCUCGAUGGCACUAUUACAUCCCGCAUUGAGAGCCAACAAAGGCCACUUCCCUCCGUUAUAGUUAUUGGUGCCGGAAUAUCAGGGGUUGCAGCAGCACGUAUUCUCCAUGAUGCAUCUUUUAAGGUCACCCUAUUGGAGUCACGAGAUAGGCUUGGUGGUCGCAUACAUACUGACUACUCAUUUGGUUGUCCCGUUGACAUGGGAGCCUCAUGGCUACAUGGAGUUUGUAAUGAGAAUCCUUUGGCUCCAUUGAUAUGUGGUCUGGGGCUUACAUUAUAUCGUACCAGUGGUGACAACUCUGUUUUAUAUGACCAUGAUUUGGAAAGUUGUAUGCUGUUUAGCAUUGAUGGCAAACAAGUUCCACAACAGACUGUCAUUGAAGUUGGAGAAACUUUCAAGAGUAUUCUGGAAGAGACGGGUAAAGUGAGGGAUGAGCAUCCUGAGGACAUUUCAGUUUCCGAAGCGAUUUCAAUUGUGCUAGAUAGGCAUCCACAACUAAGGCAGCAAGGACUUGCCCAUGAAGUGCUGCAAUGGUACAUAUGCAGAAUGGAAGCCUGGUUUGCUGCUGAUGCAGAUAUGAUUUCACUCCAAACCUGGGAUCAGGAACAUGUCCUCUCUGGUGGUCAUGGACUCAUGGUGCAAGGAUAUAAUCCUGUUAUAAAUGCUCUUGCAAAAGAUGUAGAUAUACGCCUGAACCACAGGGUGACCAAGAUAUCCAGUGGCUACAAUAAGGUAAUGGUUACCGUGGAGGAUGGAAGGAACUUUGUUGCCGAUGCUGCUAUCAUAACUGUUCCUAUUGGAAUCCUUAAAGCCAAUUUAAUUGAGUUUGAACCAAGACUUCCUGAUUGGAAAGUUUCUGCAAUUUCAGAUCUUGGUGUAGGCAAUGAAAAUAAAAUUGCACUAAGAUUUGACAAAGUGUUUUGGCCAGACGUAGAACUUAUGGGUGUCGUAGCUCCUACCUCUUACUCCUGUGGCUACUUUCUCAAUCUUCAUAAAGCAACAGGCCAUCCAGUUCUUGUUUAUAUGGCAGCUGGCAGGUUCGCUUAUGACCUCGAGAAGCUAUCCGACGAGUCCGCUGCAAAUUUUGUGAUGUUACAGCUUAAGAAGAUGUUUCCUGAUGCUUCUGAGCCAGUUCAGUAUCUUGUGUCACAUUGGGGAACAGAUCCAAACUCUCUUGGUUGUUACUCUUACGAUUUGGUUGGAAAAUCAAUGGAUGUGUAUGACAAGCUUCGCGCACCUUUAGGUAAUCUAUUCUUUGGUGGGGAAGCCAUGAGCUUAGAUAAUCAGGGAUCUGUACAUGGAGCUUACUCUGCCGGGGUCAUGGCUGCUGAAAAUUGUCAAAGAUAUCUUUGGGAAAAACAAGGCAAUUUAGAAAGCCUGGCUCAAGUUUCUGUUAGGAAUGAAACACUAGGAACUACUAUACCUCUUCAGAUCUCCAGAAUAUGAUUUUUUUUUUCAUUUGCUUUUCAAAAUGAAAGCUUUUAUUUGAAUUUGCAUAUCACAAUGGCAAAUGCAAAUUGUUGGCCAUUUGAAUGUAAUAAUCAACAACUAUUUUGGGUAGUUAUCUAUUUCUUAUUUUUGAGUCCUUAACAUAGGAUCACCUUGGCA